AUGGCGGAGCAAGACCUCGCGAGUCUUCUCGCCCCUCUCCCCCCCUCGCCCAUCGAAGGAAAUGCAGAGGUGGACGCACGGGCGUGUACCGGCGAGGACAACCAGUACAAGGAGGAAGUGUCCGCCACCCAAGCAAACCGCUUGUGGUAUCAAGGGCACUCGGCGUUGACGGUGUUGAAGGAGGAGCGGAAGCGCGACCUGCGGCAACUGCAACUCACGCAGCAGGCGAAGAGCUUGUCCGAUGAGUCGUACACGACGAUCCCAGCGGUGAAGGCAGCCGAGGCCAAACGGUUUGAGCUGUUGAACGAGGCCUCGCGUCUUCGACACGAGUCGUCGCUCUUGCGGAUCGCGGCGAGAGUAAACUCCGCUGGCUCACGGGUUUACGCGGCAUCGACAAUCCUGGGGUGGCUCAGGGACUUUCGGGGGCACGGUGGUUUCAAGCUAGAUUCAAGGGGGGUGCACGAGAGGGACUGGAUCAUGUCGGAAGAGGACCUCAAGGAUGAGCUCAUCAAGUGGAUGAGGAGACAGAAGCGCCUUACGGUCAAGGACGUCCAGAACUACAUCAACCAGUGGCUCUUCGCGAACGAGAUCGGGGAUUUAUCCAGACUCCUUUCGUACCAGGUGAACCUUCCCGUGUCCAUGGCCACAACCCACUCCUGGAUGAUCGCGCUGGGGUGCAAGUACGAGCGGGCUACGAAGUCUUUUUACACGGACGGCCACGAGAAGAAGGACGUGGUGGUGUACCGCGGCAAGUACAUCGAUGUCAAGCGGAAGCUCGCCCUUCGGCAACCGUUGUGGGUGCGAGUUCAACGAGACACUCUGACGCCGGAGGAGCUUCAGCGGCUUGACGGCAUCAAAGGUCCGGCAAAGGAUUUCUGCGCAGAGGACGAGAGUGUCUACAAGGCGUAUGCGCACGAGGGCAAGAAGUGGGUUGUCCAAGGGGUACGCGGGAUACGUAAAAAAACCGAGGGCCCGGGAGAGAUGGUGUCUGGCUUUCAAGAUGAGAGGCACGGCUUUGGCUUGCCGUUGACGGACGACGUGCUGCAGGCGGUGAACGCGCGUCGCAAGGAGAAGGGCAAGGAAGUCCUGACACGAAGCCCUGGCCUGCGGUUUCUCCAGUACGGGAAGAACAAGGAUGGAUACUGGGGAUACGACGAGUUCAAGGAACAGAUCGAGGACGUCUUGGACGUCUUGGACGUCUUUGAACCCGACAUGCAAGUGGUGGUUGAGNCCCUGCGGUUUCUCCAGUUCGGGAAGAACAAGGAUGGAUACUGGGGAUACGACGAGUUCAAGGAACAGAUCGAGGACGUCUUGGACGUCUUGGACGUCUUCGAACCCGACAUGCAAGUGGUGGUUGAGAUCGACCACUCGUCGGGGCACACAAGGCAGCGGGAGGAUGGAUUGCAUGUGGGGAACAUGAAUGUCAAGUACGGGGGGAAGCAAAAGGUGUUGCGGGAUACAGUCAUGACAGAGGGGUGUUUGGGACCGGAAGAGGCGAAGAUGUACCUCUCCAACGGCGAUGUGGCGGCUGAUGGGGCUGGAACAAAGCCUAGGGAUAAGAUUAAGGAAGGGUACGAAGGGAAGGCAAAGGACUCGAAGCAGUACCUGUGGGAACGGGGAUUGUGGAAAGAGGGGAUGAAUGCGUCAGUGGGGAUAUCUGACGAGAAGAACGUCGAGAAAGUCUUGCAGGCACUGACGGAUUUUGAGAGUGAGAGGACGGCGCUGCAGUACUUGGUCGAGAGCAGGGGACACAUACUUUUGUUGUCUCCGAAGUGUCACCCAGAGGUAGCGGGGGUAGGGAUCGAGUACUCGUGGGGGUUUUCCAAGCAGAGGUUUCGGCGGAAGUACAACGACGAAGUCCCAAAGCACUUGCACGCCAACAUCGAAAAAUCGAUGUCCAGGGAAAAGCAUUUCACGAUCGGUCGGGUGCGACGCUUCGCCCGGCGUACCGAGACUACUGCCGAGCUUACCGCGAACUACAGCUGGGUGCGGUAGACGGCCAGGGUCUACAGCUGGUCGAGAAAGUGCGCGACACCCAAAAGGCUCACCGCAACAUACUGGACAUGGAGCCCGGUUUCCUUGGCAAGCAGUGACCUUGGCCGGCCGGCCGGAAGAGGGGGGGGUACAUGGUGCUGUAGAGAGUUACUUGUAUGUGUUGUUGAAGAUUGUAUAGUUGUACAUUUUACGCAGCGUGGGUGUUGUUGUUGGCUUUGUAUUACAGGUUAAGCAUAGGUGUGGUUGUGUGCAAAAUAUCGUGCGGUGAUGCCGUAAAAGUCUGCUUGUUUUUCCGGUCGAGUUAAGACUUAUUGCUCGAGUUUGUGCACGGGCAUGUUGGCGUCGUGAGCUUUAAAUACAUGAUUCACAUCAUCACGACCAGUGGGUACAACUCAUGUACGUCAUGGGCUGGUAGGCAGCGCCAGUGUGGCUCCUGCCAACUACACCGCUUUCGCACACGUCCCUACGGUCCCUAGACCCCUCAUUUUCCUUUAUAAAUGGUGUGCCCCUGCACCCAGGUUCUGAGGCCAGAACGAAAUUCUGGAUUUCCCGCGCGGUUUUUUCGAAUGAGAACCUGAAAUUUUGAGACGGCAUCUGCAUGAGUACAACAAAAACAAUUGCCACUGCGCCAUUUGUUUUUUUUUUAAAGUC